UGGCUUGCUGUAGCUGCCGGGUGCUGGAGGUCGGGCAUGCUCAUGAAACAUUCACUGCGAAUUUCGCCGAAAAUACUGUGAUUAACAUGAAAUUACAGGGAAAUGUGCCACAAACUACCUUUUAAAUUGCAUGUAUGCUGAGCUGAUAAGUCGCAAGUUGAGAGGAAGCGUGUAGAAAACAGCGAGGAGCAACAAAAACUGUCCGUCCGUUUUGUCCUACAAAGGCGCCGAGAGUUUGACAGCGGCAGGACUGAACUGCGCAGGCCGGAGGAGGACGGCGUUCAGACGACUACAUGAAACAAAAAAGACUGUCCUUUCUGUAGAGGGAAGCAAGCUACAAGAUGAGGAAGGACGUGAGGAUACUACUUGUAGGGGAACCCAAGGUGGGGAAGACAUCACUGAUAAUGUCUCUGGUCAGCGAGGAGUUUCCUGAUGAGGUUCCUCUCCGAGCUGAGGAGAUCACCAUCCCAGCGGAUGUCACCCCAGAGAGGGUUCCCACACACAUUGUGGACUACUCAGAGGCUGAACAGUCAGACGAGCAGCUGUACCAAGAAAUAUCAAAGGCAAAUGUUAUCUGCAUAGUUUACUCAGUCAACAAUAAGAAGUCCAUAGAAAAGGUGACAAGCCACUGGAUUCCCCUCAUAAAUGACAGGACGGACAAGGAUAGCAGGGUUCCAUUGAUCCUUGUAGGGAACAAGUCAGACCUGGUGGAACACAGCAGCAUGGAGACCAUCCUGCCAAUCAUGAAUCAAUACCAGGAUAUCGAGACCUGUGUAGAGUGCUCUGCCAAAAACCUGAAGAACAUCUCUGAGCUGUUUUACUACGCCCAGAAGGCCGUUCUCCACCCGACAGGACCCCUGUACUGCCCGGAGGAGAAGGAGUUGAAGCCUUCUUGCAUCAAGUCCUUAACUAGAAUCUUUAAAGUGUCUGACCUGGACAACGACGGCAUCCUUAAUGACAAUGAGCUCAACUUCUUCCAGAGAACGUGUUUCAAUACACCCCUGGCGCCUCAGGCCUUAGAAGAUGUAAAGAAUGUGGUCAGGAGGAACAUGACUGAUGGAGUCAAGGACAACGGACUCUCACUUAAAGGCUUCCUGUUUCUGCACACCCUCUUUAUACAGCGAGGGCGACACGAGACCACCUGGACUGUGCUUAGGAGGUUUGGUUAUGACGAUGACCUGGAGCUCACGCAGGAAUACCUGUUCCCCUUGAUAAAGAUCCCCCCAGACUGCACCACAGAGCUUAACCACAACGCUUACCUCUUCCUCCAGAGUGUCUUUGACAAACAUGACAAAGACAGAGACUGUGCGCUGUCACCAGAGGAGGUGAAGGACUUGUUCAAAGUGUUUCCCUACAUGCCCUGGGGUCCGGAUGUCAACAACACAGUUUGCACUAACGACCAGGGAUGGAUCACAUACCAGGGAUACCUCUCCCAGUGGACGUUAACAACAUAUCUAGAUGUACAACGGAGUUUGGAGUACUUGGGUUACCUGGGCUACUCUAUCAUCUGUGAACAGGAGUCCCAAGCAGCUGCCAUUACAGUGACGCGUAACAAGCGUAUCGACUUGCAGAAGAAACAGACCCAGCGCAGCGUCUUUCGCUGCAACGUCCUGGGUGCUCGGGACAGCGGGAAGAGCGGCUUCCUUCAAGCUUUCUUGGGCAAGAACUUGCAGCGACAGAGGCGGAUUAGAGAAGACCACAAGUCCUUCUAUGCCAUCAGCACAACCUAUGUUUAUGGUCAGGAGAAGUACCUGCUGCUCCAUGAGGUGAUGCCAGAUUUUGACUUCCUGUCAGAGGCGGACCUAGCCUGUGAUGUGGUCUGCCUGGUGUAUGAUGUCAACAAUCCACGCUCUUUUGAAUACUGCGCCAAAGUGUACAAGCAAUACUUCAUAGACAGUAAGACGCCAUGCAUGGUGAUUGCCGCCAAAUCGGACCUGCACGAAUUACGGCAGUACUGCAGCCUCUCACCGCAGGAGUUCUGCCGUAAGCACAAGCUCCACCCACCCCAGCCGUUCACAUGCAACACGACCGACGCACUCAGCAAAGACAUCUACACUAGACUCACCACCAUGGCCAUGUAUCCGCACAUGGCUCAGGCGGACCUGAAGAACUCCACCUUCUGGCUAAGAGCGAGCGUCGGCGCCACAGUGUGUGCCGUGCUGGGCUUUGCCAUGUACAGAGCACUUCUCAAACAGCGGUGAUCAGACAGCAUGACACAACUACUUCCUCCCUUGGUCCCUGUGUUGACUCUGCCCCUUCCCUCCGACCUGAAAGACUCAAAAAACAAAAGACUGGCUGACCAACCAAUCAGGAACAUUGCCUCAGCCCCCAAAUCCACGUCAUCCCCUUCCCACAAUGCAACACGGACAAAAUGAACAAAAUCAUAGGUACAUUUUAUACGCAUUUAAAAGGAAAAAAGUGGUUUAGUUAUUUUGUUUAUGUUGAAGGGAAACGGGCAUGUUGCGUUUGAAAUAUCACUUGUCAGCCUCACAUGUCAAUUUGUAAAUGCUGUUGGUCUAGUCCAAGUAAAACACUACUAGACUCUGGAUGUUUUCAGCUGAUCCAGUGCUCCUUUAUUUUUUUCCUCAGGUCAGUAUUAUAAGUUAGAUGGUUGGUGAGCGGAGCGAGGCAGCCAUAUACAGAAACACCACAAAGGGACUUGAAUCUGUUUAUAGAUAUUGUAUAUGCAGUAUAUUAUGUAUUUCUGAAGAAUUUUAGGAUCGGACCCAUAGACAGAAUCACCACAAGAAGCAACACCUACAGGAGGUAUAAUGUCUAACACUAGAAAGGUCAUGGAUGCCUACACUUGUUUAUUUUGUGUGUUAAUUUAUUAACCCGUUUCUUUGUUUUCUUGUCUGUUCUGAGUGCACUGCAUGAAACAGAUGGAGGGAUUUACAGUUUCCUUGUAUUUUUGUAUUUAGUAUUAUCCAAGCUGUCCUGCUUCAAAGCUGCUUCUGUUUUUAAUUUUCUGCUUUUCAAAUAGAGCUUUGUUCCUCAUAUUUUUAUGAAGUUAGUGGCACCAUAGAGCAAGGGAUUAUGCUAUUAACAGCCAUUCAGCGCACCUCUCCCACUUAAAACUAUAAAAGUGUUUCUUCUCAUUCUUUUUUCCAGCAUUUACAAUAAAAAUUGUAUGAUCUGGCACAGCUGUUAGGUGUGUGUGACUGGGCGAAAUGACAGCUAAUUUAGCAGCAGCAAUGAAAAUAAAAUGGUUUUAAAUAUCUGUAAUAAAUGACAUUUACACCCAA